AGUAGUGGAAACUGUAAUUUGUAAAUUGCGUUUUCUAGAAAUUUGUUUUACUAUUCGUACUGUUUUAAGUUUGUUUAUUAGAUAUGUGAAAGUUCUUGGUGAUUAUUAGGGAUUAUGUUAAUUUAUUAGCUUAGUGUGAAGGUUGUGUUUAAACUAUUGCAGCUCGCAUUGGUUUGUUUGUAAACGCCACCUAGACGAAGAAAUCAUGGCGGAUCCACUAAGUUUACUUCGACAAUUUAAUGUAAAUAAAAAGGAAAUUAUAGAAAGGGAUAAUCAGAUAAUAUUUGGCGAGUUUUCCUGGCCAAAAAAUGUAAAGACAAAUUACUUCAUGUGGGGAUCUGGCAAAGAAGGCGGGGAAAAAGAAUACUACACUCUAGAAUGCUUGCUUUUCAUCUUAAAGAAUAUUACAUUAACCCAUCCUAUUUAUAUUAAAAAAGCAGCUGCUGCUAACAUACCACCAGUAUGUCGUCCUGAUCGUAAAGAACUACUUGCUUACUUGAAAGGAGAGACUGCAACUUGUUCAUCUAUAGAUAAGAGUGCACCAUUAGAAAUCCCAACACAGGUAAAGAGAACGCAUGAACAUGGUGAAUCAGCAGCAAAAAAGCCUCGUAUUGAGGAAAUUCAUGUUCAAAAAGUGCGGGAACAGCUUGCAGCACGUCUUGAUGCACCUAAAGAAGCUUCAGUCACAGUUGAUAAUAUCAAAUCUCUAUCAGAAGCUAUGUCAGUUGAGAAGAUUGCAGCAAUCAAAGCUAAGAGAUUGGCUAAAAAGAGAACAACAAUUAAAAGUAACGACUAUACUGAUUCCCUUGGUGUUGUGGGUUCAGACCUAAGAGCCAUAUUGGAUUAUGAUGUAGAUCUAACUAAGGAUAUAAUAAGUCGGGAAAGACAGUGGAGAACAAGGACAACAGUAUUACAGAGUAACGGAAAAAUAUUUUUAAAAAGCAUCAAUGCUCUUCUUGGAAGUAUUAAGGCUCGGGAGGAGGGCAGAUCAGGUGUUCCAAGACCUCAGCCUGUGGUAAUGCCACAGCCUAAUACCUUACCAGCUCAGCAAACCCAAUAUAACAGAUAUGAUCAGGAAAGAUUUAUUAGACAGAAAGAAGAAACUGAGGGUUUCAAAAUUGAUACUAUGGGAACAUAUCAUGGUAUGACAUUGAAGUCAGUGACAGAAGGGCCUAGUGUACCUGUGGCAGCCCGCGCCCCUCCCACACCAAAUCACCCGAGACAAAUGCCACAAAACGGCCCCGUAACAAGCACACCUGGUCGCAAAGAAUUGCUUCCAGUAACGGCUGCGCGUGCGCCAAUCGGCGGAGGCAAGAGACCUUCUCGGACACCCAUCAUCAUCAUACCAGCCGCUGCCACCGCUCUCAUAUCUAUGUUUAAUGUUAAGGAUAUGCUGCAAGAUCUGAAAUUCGUACCAGUGGAGCAAAAGAAAGCGGAAGGUGCUUCACGUGAAAAUGAAGUACUUUUACAAAGACGGAAGGGUCCUACCGGAGAUAAUAUUCCUAACAAUGCGACUACAAUUACAGUACCAUAUCGCGUAGUGGAUAACCCAAGCAGAUUAUCAGCGGCCGAAUGGGACCGUGUGGUUGGAGUAUUCGUUCAAGGGCCCGCUUGGCAAUUCAAGGGGUGGCCGUGGGACGGAAAUCCUGUUCAAAUUUUCGCUAAUAUAUGCGCCUUUCACCUGAAGUAUGAUGAAAUGAAAUUGGACAGUAAUGUUGCCCGGUGGGCCGUCACAGUGCUUAAUCUCAGCCGCACCAAGAGGCAUCUUGAUCGAGCCGUACUACUCGGUUUCUGGGAAACACUUGACAAGCACAUGAUGAAGAAUAAACCGCAUCUUAGGUUCUAAUUUUAUUAGCGUUAUUUCUAUAGACAAUAUAUCUUGUAAGUUUGGACACCUUAUACCAAGCGAAUCUAAGUCAAUUCAUACCAUUUAAUAAACACAGACAUUAACGUAUAACAUAAAUUUCGUGUCGACUGAAAGUUUAUAAUAUACCCUUAUACUAUAGUACUAACGAAUUAGAGUAUGUAUAGUACUAUUCGUCUCUUUCUCUCAAAUUGUGUUUACACUGAGGUGAAUAAAGACAGAAUAUCUCCAAUAUGUAUGUAUUAAGCAUGCUUAAUUAUUUCAUGACGAUUUAUUAAUUGGUAAUAAAGCUAAGAAAAUGCUAGGAUUAGAACAGUGUAACAAGACCAAACUAGUGAGUGUGGAUUGUAGUUUCUACCCAAAGUGUAAGUGUAAAUAAUACAAUAUAUUUUAUGUAUGACAGUGUUAUACUAAUAAAUGAAUAAAGACGCGGCUAAAGGAAACAAUCUCUGGUUAUUUAUACCUUUCAUAUAGGUUAACAAAAUUAUAACUAUUAGUACAUUAUGAUUACUGCGUAAGUGGUCUGGCUGUGCAUGUAAAAUAAAUCGUAUUUAUAAAUCUUGUUUUGCGUCGUUUUCAUUAACGUAGUGAACACAUCAAAUCUUAAUUUAGAAUGUUUUAAACAAGUGACAAAUAGCCUAUUUAUGGUUCGCUUAUUUUUCUUCUUAUCCGGUACGCUUUUGACAGAGCGGUAUUAAAAGGGGCAGAUGUGAUGCGCUUCACGACGUUUCGCCAUAGUUGCCUAAAACAGGUCAUUCUGCUACACUCAUUGAGUGAACCUACGGCAGCGCAAAGCGUAGGUGACCUUCCGCGCGGUCUAGUACCUUCCAACUUCCCCUGGACGACACGGCGUUCUAUGGACUGAACACCCCGCCGAGAUCGCUGUAUAUACAUGGUCCUUGAUAAAUGAAUUCCGAUAGGCGCACACCGCUAUCACUAGAAUUCAAUUCAAACAGAGGUUUAAAUAUUUGGAAUAGAUCAUAUUUUCUAGGUGCGGAUAUAGCAUUCGCGUCAGGUCACAAUAAACUUAAAAAUCUAAAUAACUCCGAUCAGAAUUUUUUGUAUAAAAUCCAACGGCUGGUUUGUACGCCAAUACUUUUUUUUAUGAUUCAAUUAAAAUUUGAUAACUCAAGGCCUUAUUCAGGCACCAGUCCUGACCCUCCUUUGGUUCCGCCCUUGCCUAAAGAUGGGAUAGAUUCAUUCAUACAUGCUUCUGGAUUAUUGUUUAGUAAAAUGUUUUAUGGCAAUAUACCAGUAUUGUCACGUGCGUAGAAAUGUCAUUAACUCUUUAACGUAACAGUUUCUUUUAAUAAAAGUAAAACAUCUCACAACAAUCAACAACAAUUGGUUAUAAGAAAAACGCACAGCAAUUAUGUAACACAAAUUUAAGUAUUGUCGAGUGUAAUUUUAAAGUGAUUCUGAUAUGACAAGGGGGUUUGGUUAAAGUCACUUAACGUCAAGAUGUUACAAACCAUACGCCCCGCAAUUGGUGAAACAAUUAUAAAUAUUAAUUAAAAGAAAAUCGUUUCAACCACAUAUCUCUAUCAUUUUACUUCACCAAGUCGAAAGAUUAUAUUGUGUUUCUGCGAAUCAGCAAUUGAAAUAGCUGCUUUUAACCGUUUUAUGUUUGUGCAAUUACACUGAUAAUGUUAGGUAUCAAUAAAAAAUAUGUAGUCUAAGAUUUACUUUGAGAGUGAUCGCGCACUCUAACCGUGGUCUAUUAAAGAUAUACCGCAAAAUAUUGUAAGUUUAAUUUUAGUUUUGUGUUCCUAACGAAUAUGUUUUAUCCUAGCUCUGUAUUGUGUAAGUCAUCUUUUUUUCCUUGAUUCAUAAUAAGCGUAAAAUUAACGAAUAUAUCUUAUUCGUCGUCCAAUAUAAUUUACUUGUAUAAGUAGUUGGCGGUAUGCCGAGUUGCGUUAGUUAAUUUGCGUUGCCUAGCAACAGUCAUGACCUCGUAUCCCGACUGCCUUUACGACAUUCUUUUAAUAGACGUGCCAACGUUAAUAAGUCGUCCCAACAAGUUUAAAUUGCAUGAAUUACUCUCAAUCUCAAUUCGAUAUGAUAAAUUGAAGUGUACCGAAAUAUACUUGCUGAUGGUCGCUUAUUAAAUGGUAUGAAUACUCAAAAGAUCUGUGAUCUUUGUCAAAUGAAAACAAUAAAUUGUUGAAAUUA